AACCUGUAAACUCAAAAGCUUUCAAUCAUUAUGUGAAUUUAGAAAUUUUAAUCUAUUAUAAUUUGGAAUUUCCAAACCAAUAUAAUCUUGAAUCUCUAAACCAAUAUAACCCUGAAUCUUCAAACCAAUGUGAUUCUAAAUCUUCAAACAAAU